AUAAUUGACGUUAUCUCUCAAUAGAAUUUAAAAAAAAAAGCAUCCAAUUGGCUAUCUCGAAACGGCGUAAGGCUUCGCAAUCACGUAAUGUAAUUCUGCCUGGGGGAUUUCGUGUGCCGAGCUUGCAGACGAAAUUUAGCUACUUCGAUCCUAGAAAAUAGUUAGUUGCAGAAAGUCAUUGGUAACCAUAAAUGAUAUUGCUUACUGACGAAGCGGUAUUAUAUCUGUUACUGUUCUAUCAAGAUAUUAGAGUAGAAACGAAUAACGAUUAAUUUUUUUUCAAAUAUAUAGCUGUGAUAAAGUUGAUCAAAUUAAAAAUGAAUCUUAUGCCAGAAAAGGUGUACCAUGCCCACUGUGAAACAUGUAUUAAGAUUUCAAAGUGCACCAAGAGAGCUGUUGAAGGUUUAUCCUGUGCAAUCAUUAGUUGCCAAAGAAAAUGUGGUUCUUCAUUCCACAGCUGUAAGGACAAUGAACACAGCCUUCUCUGUCCGAAUAUGCAAGAACCUUGUAUCAAUGCAAAUUAUGGAUGCCCCCAUAUUGUACUCCGAAAACACCGUGGAAGCCAUCUUGAAUCCUGUCCUGCAAGCUGUGUGCCAUGUAAUGCAGAAUGGAACCGUUGGCCAUUAUGCACCAAGGAAAGGCAAAUUCACAUUCCAUUUGUUCAGAUCAAUCCACAGCUUCGAGAAGAACAGCUUGAUGUGGCAUUGGCUCUUCGAGACCAAGGAGUUUUGGAUCACUGGAUGAAUCUCCCAAGGAAAACCCAGAAGCUCAUGCGCUGUAACCUCACACCUAGACAUCCUGCAAUUCCCCUCAUCUUAAGUUUGUGGGAACCUACUGUAAAAAUGAAAGUAAAAUCUAUUUCUUCAGACGAUGGUCUUUCCAAUGUGAGUACUCCAAGACAGUCUGCCGAGCGAAGCGAUAAUAGCAUUUUAAGUGUUUCAAGUACGGACGACGAGUCUCCUUGGGGUCGUCGUCGGAAACCCCCAGGAUUGCUUCAGAGCAUGUGCGCCCAGCUUUUUAAUAAAAGUGCUGCACAGAAUCAGCAACCAGUUUUGGUCUCUAAUCAAGAUGAUAGUUGUUUUCCCGUGAAAAACAAAGUCGUCGACGAAGACACGCUGAGUGACAUAAGUAACGGCUUGGAUGACGAUUGUAGCACCAAUGAAAUUUUGGACGCCCCAUUUGGAGGUUCCGGAAACUGUGGACUAUUAUCUUCGAAUCCUCCGGAAUUACCAUUACUCACUACGCUUGGCCUUGAUUUGUCUAUCGAGUGUAUUCCACGCUACCAGAGCAAACCGAAGUCAAUGUAUACAUUUGUCUGUGCCCAAGAUUUUCGCCGGGAUGAAUUCGCCUGGCAUUAUCGCAAUUGGCAUAGUGAAAUCCAUGGUGGUCUAGAUGGAUGGAUCGAGCAAAGGUGUCCUUUAGCGCGAUACGGUUGCUCGUUUGCCAGACGACGUAUGUUUCCAGUUAGUCCAGACCAUCGAAUCAUUUACAGCUCGAUCGUUGAGAGUUUUGGAGUCACGAGAACUCCGCAAGAUACCGCUAGAAAGCAUGACGAACUUUGCUUGACAGAUCUUCCCUUUGAGGUUCUUAGAGCAGUAGCCAGUUACUUGGAUGGUUUCAGCUUGUGUCAUCUAUCGGUCACUUGCCAUCUUCUUCGCGAGGUGGCUCGUUCUCUUCUUUAUAACAGGGGUCUCGUUAACGCUCAUUGGCAAAAGAGUCAACAAGGAUGGAUUAUUACCCAUUAUCGGUGGUCUUUUAGUACUUCUUUCAGUCCCGUGGAACGAUGGGGAUUCGAGAGUAGCCCACAUAUCAGCAAUCAUCUGCGGGACUGUCGCUACAACAUUAAGUCGUCAUAUGUCUUUCCAAAACGUGUUGCCUUACCUGGAUUUAUGGAAACUUUCGCUAGUGAUACAACUGAAGGGAAGUGUUCGGACUUUUAAGAUACGAUUGGUUAUGUAAGCCAUUUACUCGCCUUAUAAACACACGCCUUAUAACGCUGUCUAGUGAUUAGCCCGCAGAUGUUAUUUAAAUAGAUUAAAUUUUUUUUUUUCAAAAAUUAUGUAUGUUCAUUACGGUUUCAAAAAAGUAAUCGCGAUAUUCUUGCUAAAGAAUUUACAAUGUCUAAGUGCGCAACUACUUGUGGUGUGUGCGAUACCCCGGUGCUGUAAGGAAGCUGUAAGAAUUGCUGUGUUCUGCUGUGGGUUCUUUUGUUCGAUCGCUAACAGACUCUCCGUUGCUUUCUUGCGCUGUUAGGUACUCGGCAGCCGGAAUGUUUUCGGGCGUAUCAAUAACGAUGGUAUCUUUUUUCGACUGCUCCACUUUCUGUUGCUCGCGAUGGGCGCCACGGUAAACAUACGGCGAGGAAGAUUUGACAUAAGGAAGGUUCCCCUCGUUUGAUGUCUUCUGUUUGAGUUCCUUUUCUUUGGAGGUAACAGUUGUCUGGAGUUGGCUAUUUUUGUCUUUAACGGAAAUCAGCUCAACGUUAGUAACCCCUUCCGGACCUAGAUUAAUUUUCUGGCGUACUUUCUGGCGUGUUAGCAUGGGCAGUUGAAAGGCUAGAUAAAAACUUGCCAGAUGCCCCAUUGGCAGCAGUGGUGGACUGACAUUUCCCGUUAUCGUAGGAUCCCCCGAAAAAGAGUCGUCUAUUCUAGGUAACGCAUUUUGGUUGCUGAAGACUUAAAAACAUAUGACAUGUUAAGAAUUGUAAUGUCGACCUUUAUAGUAUUUUUUUUCUUCCUUCAAGUAACGAACAUUUUUUUUUCUAUAUUAAUUAGUAUUUUUACCAGGUGAUAUAUUGUUGACGUCUGUAUUAGGCUGAGAGGAAAAUAAAGAAGUAUCACUCAAUGUAGCUUGAGUGGGUAAAUCAAAUUUGAUACUGGUCUCCACAGGGCUAGUGUUGAAUAGAUCCGUGGUUCCAUCACCUACCCCUGUACAGUCGGAUACAUAAUUGAAAUUCCAUUUUGCAGUAGUUUUCUUUCCCUGCUUGUGGCAGUUUUGGACGCAGUCACAGUGUCAAGUGGUUCAGUCAAACUUCUCAAUUCCAUGCAGAGCUUCAGAAAACUUUAUUUUACAAACCUAAUCCGUGUUGACAUCAAGUGUCGUUUGUGUCAUGUACCAAUAUAAGUGAAUGACUAUCUACCAGUGCUAGUGCCUCCGCCGAAAGAUUCCGUAGAUCCACUAAGCGAUGGGUCAAAUGGAGCAUGACCUACGUUCGGAAUAACAACUCCAAAACGUGCUGCAAUUGGGUCGAUUUCUACUAAACUAGAAGAGGACGAUUUUUGGUCACUGCUUGAAUGGGAUCCAAAAUCACCGAACGCUGAGAAAUCUGAGAUGUAUGUUGAAUGGCUUCCUCCUCGGCCGCUUCCACCUGCACUUAAACCGCACCUGUCCCAAGUAGUAAAUCAGAAGGCUUGAUUGCAUCGCUUAUACCAACACCCCCGUAACUAUCGGAAAAUCCAUCUCCUCUAUUCUGUCCAAAAUAAUUUUCUGAGGCUGAGAACUGAUUAAAUCCGGGAGGAACAGCUAUCCCAUAAAUUGCUGCAGCCAAACUGUCUGCUUGGGGUCCUGAUCCAUCCGUGUUUGGAUAGAUGAGACCCCCAGUUUUAAAGGUUUUUCAUGAUAAUUUAACAGGAAUUACUUGUGAAUUUGCUGGUAUGAUAACUAGGAGGAAUGAAGAAAGUGCUAAAAACGCAGGGUACAUUGUAGG